AUGAGGCUAGACCGAUUGCACAUGUUGAUAUUAUUCUUAUUUCUUCCUAAUCGUAACGCCAUCGCCUCGAUUAAUAAGAGAAUCGUUCUGACACAACCCACUGUAAUUUUGGUCUCGUACGAUGGUUUCCGGUGGGACUACAUGGCGAAAGUUCAUACUCCGAAUUUGAAUUUUAUCGCAAGUAAUGGCAUCAAAGCGAAACACCUUAUCAAUACCUUUGUUACCAAGACAUUCCCGAAUCAUUUCACGUUAGUUACAGGACUCUAUGAGGAAAGCCACGGGAUCGUAGCAAAUACGUUUUUCGAUCCUGUUUUCAACGAUACUUUCUACUUAGAUGCGGUGUCAAAGCAUUACUUGGAUUCAAAAUGGUGGAACGGAGAACCGGUGUGGAUCACGAAUCAAUAA